AGCGUGUCAUUGAAAAGCCGAGAGAAAACGGGCUCCAUUUUGUGUCCUUCUCGCAGUAAAAGCAGCAAGACAAUCCCUCCGAAGGAAGGAAAAAACCCAACACUAAGACAUCUUUUACAGGCAGAAUGAGUGGCUGCCGCAUAUUUGUCGGCCGGUUGAACCCGUCCGCCAGAGAGAAGGACGUAGAGAGAUUCUUCAAAGGAUACGGCCGCAUCCGAGACAUCGACCUCAAGAGGGGCUUUGGUUUUGUGGAGUUUGAUGAUCCUAGGGAUGCUGAGGAUGCAGUUUAUGAGUUGGACGGCAAGGAGCUCUGCAAUGAGAGGGUGACCAUUGAGCAUGCUCGUGUGCGCCUGCGUGGUGGGCGAGGACGUGGUGGUGACAGAGGGGGAGGAGGAGGAGGCCGCUUCCCAGAUCGCUAUGGCCGUGGCUCCCAGGAUAGUCGGAGGACCAACCAACCAAGUGGACCACCGGCAGAUAGGAACCCUCCUCCGAUGCGUACGGAGAACCGCCUCAUCGUGGAGAACCUGUCAUCUCGCGUCAGCUGGCAGGACCUGAAGGAUUUCAUGAGACAGGCUGGGGAAGUCACGUUUGCGGAUGCCCAUCGCCCCAAGCUCAACGAAGGGGUGGUUGAGUUCGCUUCUUACAGCGACCUGAAAAACGCCCUUGAGAAGCUGUCUGGCAAGGAGAUCAAUGGAAGGAAAAUCAAGCUGAUCGAGGCAGCUAAGAAGAGGGGUUCCAGGAGUCGUUCCCGUUCUGAGAGCUCUUCUCGUUCUCGCUCUCGUAACCGGUCCCCGUCCCGCUCCAGGACCCCUCGUCGUUCCAGGUCCCACUCCCCCAAAGCCCGCUCCCCCAAGAGGGACUACAAACGCUCUCGUUCUCGUUCCCACAGCGGCUCCCCAGCGCCCCGUGCUACUGCCCCUGGCUCCCCACCCCCGAGGGCCAAAGAGACCUCUUCCUCCUCCUCUAAACGGCCCUCUAAGCCCAGCAAGUCUGCGUCCCCCCACUCCCCUCCCCCUGCACAGCGUGCGCCUUCCAGGUCUCCUUCCAGGUCUCGUGGCUCUCGCUCUCCGUCUACGGACAGCCGCCACUGAGUACUGAGAACACCUAGCGCAGGAGUAUACACGUUUUAAAAUAAACACACACCUCGUACAUAAAUACUCACAUUCAGACAAAACAGGACAGGGCAGGAACUGUUUUACCCAGCGGUUCUUGCCUGGUGUCCCUGUAUUUUCCCCUCCAUGUUUCCUCCCUCCCUCCGCUCUUCUCUUCUGACAUAGCUGAUCUUUGACCUACUUUUGUAUGGUGAGUGUUCUCGGUAAAAGUGUGGCCAUUGUGUUCACAGCAAGAAGGGCUUCGUUUUCAAUUUGAGCAUCACGUCUAAAACCUUCUGGGGGUUUUGGUUCGUAUUUUUAUUUGUAAUAAUGGAUGUAAUUCUUGGUAAGGUAUUACAUUAUAUAUUUUUUAUCAUUCAACGCUCGUGUGGCGACUCCCCCCUCUACCGGAUUUUGUUUGUCAGCUCUGAUAUCAUGAGCUGUUGAGAAUUCAAGUCCCGUUCCAUGAUGGCUAUGAAUGUGAUUGGCUAAGGUUUUGGGUCGAACCAUUCUGAUCUCAGUGUAGGGUUCUUUUUUUUGGGGGGGGGGGGAUUUGAUUAGUUUUAUGCUGUGAUUUAUUUGAUUGAACUUCAUUCUUCUUUUUGGGGGGGGGUGUAUCAGAUUGUGAUCUGUUUUUUUUGUGGCGGCAAUAAAGGUCCUCGUUUAAGACGUCUGGUGAAAACAUUGUGGCCGGCUGCGUUAUUAUUUAACCCGUUUGUAUUGAAGGUUUUAACGGAGUGGUUGUCUGUUUCUAUAAAGCAUUAUACACGUUUCCUUUCACAAGGUAAUGAAGCGUCGACACAACCUAGAGAAUAGUUUGGAAACUAACUAUUUUUAAUGCUAAAUGAAGUCUUUUUUUCUUUUUUUCUCUCUCUCCGUGUUCAAUAUGAGGGUUGUAAUUUGUACUUUAAUUGAAAAAGAACAAGACACAGCAAACGACAAAUGAAAACAGUUUUAAAUAAAGCGUCCCAAGACAUUUUGUAUGUCAGAACUUGAGAAUAAAAGUUAAACUUCCACAAAGAGUUGUGCCACUGUUUGUAAAAUGUUCUUAGUCAUGGUUUUAGAUUAUAUUUUUAUUGUUUGAAACGUUCAGUAUUAAAACGUCACUUUUUAUUACAAUGUUUUCUUUAGCUUGUACACACAGACAUACUGCACUAGCUUGCCUUGAUCAUAAAUACACGUGUAGUACAGACAGUACGUACUUUUAAUUACCAAUUUCAUUCCGGAAAUGUGUCAUACAAGUAGUCAAUUGGCGCAAUCGCUCCACCUGUUCAAAACGACAGCAGCCGUGCCUCAGCAUCAAUGGAGACUCUGAUUGUAAAUGCAGUUACUGGGGGUGUUUUCAAGUCGACUGUACAUAUCGUAGUGGUUCAUGGUAAAUUUAAUUUUAAUUUGACCUUUAUUUAACCAGGCAAGUCAGUUAAGAACACAUUCUUAUUUUCAAUGACGGCCUAGGAACAGUGGGUUAACUGCCUGUUCAGGGGCAGAACGACAGAUUUGUACCUUGUCAGCUCGGGGGUUUGAACUUGCAACCUUCCGGUUACUAGUCCAACGCUCUAACCACUAGGGUACGCUGCCGCCCCAAUAAUCAGACUGAUGUGAUUGUUUCUGGAUGCUCAGAGAGAAAUACUGGUCAUUCGGAGAGAAAUACGGAUCAUUCGGAGAGAAAUACGGAUCAUUCGGAGAGAAAUACGGAUCAUUCGGAGAGAAAUACUGAUCAUUCAGAGCAUGAAUUCCGGAACAUUCUGUGACCGUUAGGGAUCCCUGUUAGUUCAGCCGAAGCAGCAGCCACUCUGCCUGGGCUACAAAAACAUUAAGGCACUUACAUGAUAAAACAGUACAUCAUAGUUACAUUCUGCAUUGUACAUAUGUUGUGUAUAAUACCACCAUACAACAAUAUAACAAUGUGCAUAUGCAUGUGUCUCUUCACAGUCCCCGCUGUUCUACAAUAUGUAUUUUUACCUGUUUUUAAAUCUAAUUUUACUGCUUGCAUCAGUUACCUGAUGUGGAAUAGAGUUCCAUGUAGUCAUGGCUCUAUGUAGUACUGUGGAAUAGAGUUCCAUGUAGUCAUGGCUCUAUGUAGUACUGUGGAAUAGAGUUCCAUGUAGUCAUGGCUCUAUGUAGUACUGUGGAAUAGAGUUCCAUGUAGUCAUGGCUCUGUAGUACUGUGGAAUAGAGUUCCAUGUAGUCAUGGCUCUAUGUAGUACUGUGCACCUCCCAUAGUCUGUUCUGGACUUGGGGACUGUGAAGAGACCUCUGGUGGCAUGUCUUGUGGGGUAUGUAUGGGUGUCAGAGCUGUGUGCCAGUAGUUUAGACAGACAACUUCUAGCCUUGAUUUUCACUCUUGAUACCAUAUCUACAGUCUUUCACCUUUUAAUGUGUAUAGUGUUACAUACUAGGUGUUGUCCAAUGAAUUCCUGUAUUCACUCCGGCUUCAAAUCAGGGUUGAUUGGAAAAAGCUGUUCAAAAGAGAUAAUGCAUGUCUUUGUAGGCCAUGCAGCCAAAUUGUGUCAAGUUUUUAAUAUUUGUUUCCACUGAACAUGCCAUUCAAAUAAAGGCAUUUUAAUGAAUUA